ACACACACACAUACAUAUACAAGCGCUCACACACACACAUGCGCUCACACACACACACAUACAUAUACAAGCACACACACACACACAUGCGCUCACACACACACACAUACAUAUACAAGCACACACACACACACAUGCGCUCACACACACACAAAAGAACAUUUAACAAGUAUUUAAUGGUCUGUGCCUUAAAAUAUUUUUCUUAUCUUUGUCCAGUUUAUUUAAAUUUUUGGUUUGUUUGUUUUUCAAACAUAUUUGGAAUGUUACAAUUUAUAUAAAUCAUUAAAAACUUUCUGAUCAUCCGUGUGGCAUUAUUAGACUUUCACACGUGUGCUUUUAUGUCUCUCUUAAAUGACACAUGACUUCUGCAGCGAAAGCUUUGAUUGACAGACAGCUCAUCCAAGUUAUUUUUCAUAAAAUGUUUUUCAAAUGAUUCCCACGCAGCAGUUUUGCAAUCCCUUCCCUGUGAAGAACACAUCUAAAAUCAAUCUUCCAUCUUUUAAUGUCACAUAUGAUUUCAAAACAUGUUCUCAUCACAGUCAAAUACAGAAUUAGCAGCAUUUUAAAGCUAUUAUAAUGAUCAGACAUUUGCAUCUCUUUGGGCAAUCACGCUUUACAAUUCAACAUCAACGAGUCACGGUUAGUCCACAUGUUGACAUGAUAACUGACCAAAACACUUCAUAUAGUCAAACCACAUACGGCCUUAAAGACUGUGACAAAAAAUCCCUUGUAGAAUCAGUGUGAAGCGGUCAAACAGUGCUGGGAACACCCACGACCUCCAAACGGGAAUGUUGGGAAAAGCAGCUGAAAUGUGUCUUUAGAGCAUUAAAAAUAGCGUACGUGAUGAUCCGACUGUGAUUUAAAACAAAAAAGAUCCGAGGAAAAUUGGUGAUGAUGUCUCUGGGACCAAAAUGUAAAUGUUGCCUCUUUUAUUCAAUGUCUGGCUGCUCCGACACGUCAUGACAGAAGAACAGAAUCAAAUAUCCUCAGCUACUGGCGAAUUAAAGGAAUGUUCCGGGUUCAACACAAGUUGAGCUCAAUCGACAGCUGAGUGACUCCAGCCGGGUCUCCUUAGCAAACAAAUUGGCCCGGUUGCUAGGGAUGGUAGAGUCACAUGGGGUAACCUCCUCGUGGUCGCUAUAAUGUGGUUCUCGCUCUCGGUGGGGCGUGUGGUGAGUUGUGUGUGGAUGCCGCAGAGAAUAGCGUGAAGCCUCCACAUGCGCUACGUCUCCAUGGUAACGCACUUAACAUCCAGCCUCUACAUUGCCACGGUAACGCACUUAACAUCCAGCCUCUACAUUGCCACGGUAACGCACUUAACGUCCAGCCUCUACAUCUCAACGGUAACGCACUUAACGUCCAGCCUCUACGUCUCCACGGUAACGCGCUUAACGUCCAGCCUCUACAUCGCCACGGUAACGCACUUAACGUCCAGCCUCUACAUCGCCACGGUAACGCACUUAACGUCCAGCCUCUACAUCGCCACGGUAACGCACUUAACGUCCAGCCUCUACAUCGCCACGGUAACGCACUUAACGUCCAGCCUCUACAUCGCCACGGUAACGCACUUAACGUCCAGCCUCUACAUCGCCACGGUAACGCACUUAACGUCCAGCCUCUACAUCGCCACGGUAACGCACUUAACGUCCAGCCUCUACAUUGCCACGGUAACGCACUUAACGUCCAGCCUCUACAUCUCCACGGUAACGCACUUAACGUCCAGCCUCUACAUCUCCACGGUAACGCACUUAACGUCCAGCCUCUACAUUGCCACGGUAACGCACUUAACGUCCAGCCUCUACAUCGCCACGGUAACGCACUUAACAUCCAGCCUCUACAUCUCCAUGGUAACGCACUCAAUUCACGUGAUAAGAUGCGCGGAUUAACAGUCUCAGAAGCGGAGGCAGCAGAGAUUCGUCCUCCGCCACCUGGAUUGAGGCGAGUAACCGCGCCACCACGAGGACCUACAAAGUAGUGUGAAUUGGGCGUUCCAAAUUGGGGGAAAAGGUCAUUAAAAAAACCCUCACAUAUUGUUUACAUCUUGUGGCUGAACUUUUGAACUAGGGAUGAGUUGAAAACAUUAUUCCUCACACGCUGUUGAGCUGAACUUGUAUUGAACAACACAAACACAGAUGAAGUUUUCCCGUAAUAAUGAGGGUGAACCUCACGUAAACAGCUCUAGACCAUACUUCACCCCAAAAUCAAAAGAUUAAAAAUUAUAUUUUGCAUUAAUCAAUUAUCUUAAUGACAACUAAUUAUCAUUACUAUUCUGCAUCUUUACUGAUUGAGGAUUAUUGCAUUGUUUAUUAUUCUCAGUAGCUUCACAUUACUGUCAUACAGUCGCUUAUUAAUUAAUCAAUGAAGUAUUAAUGUAUGUAUUAAAGAAUCAUCAUUAUAUUAAAGGAAUAUUCCGGGUUCAAUGCAAGUUAAGCUCAACGGACAGCAUAUGUGACAAUGUUGAAUACCACAAAAUGUAUUUUGACUCGUCAAAUUGUCAAAAGUGUGUUUGAAUGAGACACUUCCAAUGCAAGUCAAUGGGGUUUCAUUUUAGAGAGUUUAUUAAAGGCAGAAAUGUGAAUUAAUGCACUUACAUUAAUUCUACUGUUAAAACUCGUGUUUUAUUUAAGCUGUAAAGUUGUUUAUAUAUAUAUAUAUAAGGUUUUAUGGUGUUUGGCGUUGUGUCGUCAUGGCAACGAAGUUGUAAAAUUGUCUAUAUCUUUCCACAGAUGUGGUCAGUAAGAGAUUUUAUGACACAAAUCAUAUUGUUUAUGUCUUGUGUUUAUACUUGUGAAACAGUAUUUUAACGUUUACAGAUUAAACCCCAUUGACUUGCAUUGGAAGUGACUCACUGGAACACACAUUUGUGCUUUAUUUAACGUAAAGGAGGAACGAGUCGAAAUUAAUUUUUGUGUUAAUCAACAUUAUGCAACAAAUCCUGUCAACUGAACUAAACAUGCAUUGAACCCGGAACGUUCCGUUAAAUGUAUAGGGCACUUCUAAUCACCUCAUGGCCGUCCGGAAUCAGAGAUCACCGGAAUGACCCGUCAUAUCCUGGCAUGAGCGAGACGGCUAAAGGAAGAACUUUGUUUUUAUCCGGUUCCAUCGGAGGGAAAAACAAAACGCAGACACCUCGGGCGACUCGGGGCGACUCAGGAUUUGAAAAUGAAGGCACUGGUAGACACAGUCCCCUAAAGUCUUGAGAGUACAAUCAACCCCUAUAAUCCAUAGGCCGCACAUAUGAGUCAGCUGACCCUGAGUCCAGCCAAUCAGAGAGCAGUUCCCGUUCUGUAAACAGCCAAUGAACUGACAUGCAUGUGUUAAGACAUCAUAAGACUUGUAACAAUUUGUGACGUGAACAUGAAGUCUCGUUAUCUUCUCAGGUAAAUGUAUCGAGUUUAAAGGACGCUUUUCUGCAUAUAAGACAAAAUACUGACAAGGAAAAGAUCUCUUGGCGUGCCCCGCUGGCAUCGAUGUUGUUUUUGUAUCAAGGAUGUGUGGGAAGAGAGUCAACAGCACAGAGUUUCCCUGAAGAUUGCUUGAAUGAGUUUUGGCACGUUGGGGGUGGAGCUACGAGAAGAGUGGGUGGGGUUUGAGCGAUCAGGCCGCUCCCGCUCAGCCUGAACAAACCGAAGUCACAGUGUCAGAAGAAGAAGAAGAAGAGUUCACA